AGUGCCAGUGAACGUGUCUGCGGCAGCGUUUAGCUUUAAAAAACACAAACUACGGCGGAAGAAAGGAGGACCAAACCCCGCUGCAGCGAGAGACAACCUCGGCAGAGCAUGGACUAUGAUAAAUUCUAAACUGAGGCUGGUAUCGGUGGGCUGUUUUGACGACAAGCGGUUUAUUGAACAUCUGUAGAGCAUAAUGAGGGCAUCCGCUAUUCUUUACGGUGGUUUUUCCUCCGAGGUUUAGUUAGACGCAGAGUGACACUCUUUAUAAAUGCGUCGCUUUUAGACCUCCUCGCAAGGAAAAGACACCGAAGGAUCACAGCCCGCAGACAUUUUUUUAGUUAAUUCCCUCCUCCCAUGGCCCCCGGGGAACAGUGAAGUCAUUUGAGAAGUCACCGGAGAAGAAGACGCGUCUUAAUCAUCACGAUAGUUUCACGCAGUUUCGCGGGGAAAAAAAGAAGAAAUUCGGCAAACCCCCGUCCAUCGGCUCGCGGUCGACCCAGACUCCCUCUCCCCCCCACACACCCCGCUUUUUUUCCUUCCUCCUUUAUUUUGAAAUCGUGCAUGGUUUUGCCCUUCUGAGCAUUCAUCGCCGACCCUCCCGUGGGCAUUUCCCCCCGUUAGAAGGAUGCCGGAUCAAAUAUCGGUGUCCGAGUUUCUCUCGGAGACGACAGAGGAUUACAAUUCCCCGACAACAUCCAGCUUCACCACCCGACUGCAGAGCUGCAGGAACACAGUGAACGUGCUGGAGGAGGGGCUGGACCAGGACCGGACGUCCCUGCAGAAAGUGAAGAAGUCUGUGAAGGCCAUCUACAAUUCAGGACAAGACCACGUCCAGAAUGAAGAGAACUACACUCAGGCUCUGGACAAAUUUGGCAGCAACUUCAUCAGCCGUGACAACCCCGACCUGGGAACGGCUUUUGUCAAGUUCUCCUCCCUCACCAAGGAGCUGUCUGCGCUGCUGAAGAACCUGCUCCAGAGCCUCAGCCACAAUGUGAUCUUCACCCUGGACUCGCUACUGAAGGGCGAUUUGAAAGGCGUGAAAGGGGACAUCAAGAAGCCCUUCGACAAAGCAUGGAAGGACUACGAGGCCAAGUUUACAAAGAUCGAGAAGGAGAAGCGAGAGCACGCCAAGCAACACGGAAUGAUCCGCACCGAGAUCACCGGGGCGGAAAUCGCCGAGGAGAUGGAGAAGGAGAGGCGUCUCUUUCAGCUCCAGAUGUGCGAGUACCUGAUCAAAGUAAAUGAGAUCAAGACCAAGAAAGGAGUGGACCUCCUCCAGAACCUGAUUAAGUAUUACCACGCACAGUGCAAUUUCUUCCAAGAUGGCUUGAAGACAGCCGAUAAGCUGAAGCAGUACAUCGAGAAGCUCGCGGCGGAUCUCUACAACAUCAAGCAGACUCAGGAUGAGGAGAAGAAGCAGCUGACUGCCCUGCGGGAUCUGAUCAAGUCCUCCCUCCAGCUGGACCAGAAGGAGGACUCGCAGAGUAAGCAGGGGGGCUACAGCAUGCACCAGCUGCAGGGGAACAAGGAGUUUGGCUGUGAGAAGAAAGGCUACCUGCUGAAGAAGAGUGACGGGCUGAGGAAGGUGUGGCAGAGGAGGCAGUGCUCAGUGAAGGGGGGCAUGCUCACCAUCUCUCAUGCCACAUCCAACAGGCAGCCGGUCAAACUCAACCUGCUCACCUGCCAGGUGAAGCCCAGUUCUGAGGACAGGAAGUGCUUUGAUCUCAUUUCCCAUAACCGGACAUAUCAUUUCCAAGCUGAAGAUGAACAGGAGUUUGUCAUCUGGAUCUCGGUGCUGACCAACAGUAAGGAGGAGGCCCUGCACAUGGCGUUCCGCGGCGAGCAGAGCGGCGGCGGCGAGGACGGUUUAGACGAUCUGACUAAAGCCAUCAUAGAAGACGUGCUGCGCAUGCCGGGCAACGAAGUCUGCUGCGACUGCGGCGCCUCAGAUCCGAAGUGGCUGUCCACCAACCUGGGGAUCCUGACCUGCAUCGAGUGCUCCGGCAUCCACCGCGAGAUGGGAGUCCACAUCUCUCGCAUCCAGUCCAUGGAGCUCGACAAGCUGGGAACUUCAGAACUCUUGCUGGCCAAGAAUGUAGGCAACAGUAGUUUCAAUGAGAUCAUGGAGGGAAACCUCACCUCCCCUUCACCAAAGCCCACUCCAUCCAGUGACAUGACUGUGAGGAAGGAGUUCAUCAACGCUAAGUAUGUGGACCACAAGUAUGCUAGGAAGACGUGUACGUCCGCGUCGGCUAAAAUGAUCGACCUGUUUGAGGCGGUUCAGUCCAGGGAUCUGCUGUCCCUCAUCCAGGUCUACGCAGAGGGGGUUGAACUGAUGGAGCCGCUCCCAGAGGUUGGACCGGAAUCCGGGGAGACGGCACUGCACUACUCUGUACGGACUGCUGACCAGACCUCUCUGCACUUGGUGGACUUCCUCGUGCAGAACAGCGGUAACCUGGAUAAGCAGACGGAGUGGGGGAACACGGCCCUUCAUUACUGCAGCAUGUUCGAGAAGCCCGAGUGCCUCAAGUUGCUCCUGAGGGGCAAGCCGGCCACUGAUAUCACCAAUCAGAACGGAGAGACGGCGCUGGAUGUUGCCAGGCGACUGAGGAACCCUCAGUGUGAGGAGGCACUGGUGCAGGCUGCAGAGGGGAAGUUCAACCCCCACAUCCAUGUGGAGUACGAGUGGAGCCUCCGACUGGAGGAGAUGGACGAGAGCGACGACGACCUCGACGAUAAGCCCAGUCCCAUCAAGAAGGACCGCUCCCCGAGGCCUCAGAGCUUCUGCCACUCCUCCAGCCUCUCUCCCCAUGACAAGCUCUCCCUGCCGGGCUUCAUCAGCCAGAGGGACAAACAGCAGCGUCUGUCCUACAGCGCCUUCACCAACCAGAUGUACAGCGCCUCCACCGACCUCACCUCCUCCCCCGUGGCCGACGGGCCGCCGCUGCCACCCAGGAACCUGGGAAAAGCUCCUCCCCCACCUGGCCCUCCCGCUACACUCACACCGGGAGGCAGCUCCACCCUGUCCAAGAAGAGACCUCCGCCCCCACCUCCUGGACACAAACGCACCCUGUCUGACCCACCGAGCCCGCUCUCUCACAGUCCACACAGUAAAGGGGGCUUGACUGGGGGAAGCGACUCCACCCCUCCGCCUGUCAGCAAGAUGUCUCCUGUUUCUAACAAGUUUGAAGGAAUUCCUCAGCAGCAAAGCUCUACUUCAAGCAACACAAAGUCGACACUUGGUCCAAGGGUUCUUCCCAAACUACCUCAGAAAGUGGCAUUGCGGAAGAUUGACACCAUACACCACCCGUCUAUGGAUAAGCCCAGCCUCCCUCCAGAGGUCUUCCAGAAGUCCCCGUCAGCGGCUGAGCCCCCGCAGAAGGCUCCUCUGGCCGACAGGCCUCAGCCGGGAGACCUGCCCCCCAAGCCGCAGCCGUCUGAACUUCCUCCUAAACCCGGAGAACUUCCACCGAAGCCGCAGCUGUCAGACCUCCCUCCGAAGCCUCAGCUCGGCGACCUCCCGCCCAAACCCCAGCUCAAAGACCUGCCUCCCAAGCCUCAGCUCGCCGACAUCCCCCCCAAACCUGGACCAGCCGAGCCCUCUUCCAGGCCGCAUCCCAGUGAGGUGCAAAGGCCUCAAACGCAACCGCCGCCUCCACCUCAAACUCAUCCUCCAGCUCAAACUCAUCCUCAACCUCAAACUCAGCCUCAGCCUCCAGCUCAGCCUCCAGACUCACCGUCACCGAGUCAGCAAGCCAAUAUCGGGACCCCCACCCCACAAGCUGCUGAAGACACCAAUGGGACCCCAGCAGGGACUGCGGAGACACCAGUGCCCCUCCCGAGGAAGAUCAACACGAUUUUAAAUGUCCAGGGGAAGAGCAAAACCCGUCGCGUGAAGACGAUCUACGACUGCCAGGCUGACAAUGACGACGAACUGACUUUUAUUGAAGGAGAGGUGAUUAUAGUGACGGGAGAAGAGGACCAGGAGUGGUGGAUCGGGCACAUUGAAGGCGAGCCGGACCGAAAGGGGGUGUUCCCCAUGUCUUUUGUGCACAUCCUGAGUGACUGACAGUCAGAGAGACUUGCACUACUAGCCCCUCCCUAAAUUGGGAGGUCUUGUAAAUAGCUAGCAUAACACCUCUUGUCACACGACAAGUGUCCUAAAAGAAGAAGAGAAAAACAACGAAGAAGAAACCCGAGAAGGCUCAUCCAAGCUGUACAAAGAAUGUGUGUAUUCUUCCUUUACCAGUAUUAUCUUAACCCUAUAGCACGGCUGUGACGAAGCCACUCUCAAAACCCUAGCACUUACCUAAAGUCUAUGUUUAUGCUGUUACUGUGUAUAUAUGUAUGUAAAUAUAUAUAUUUGUGUGUGAGUGUACAUGUUUUAUUGUACAAAACAUGUACCAUUGCGCUCUCCGCCGGUCCGAUUAGGCGUCGGGGCGGUAGACUUUGAAUUUUAUCCGUAUUGAUUUUACUGGCCCUCAAGUAAUUAUCAGCUUAUAUUUCUGGGAGGACAAAUAAGAAUUGGAAUGUGAAAGGUCAUGUCACUAUUUGUCUCUUGCAUCCCUGUUUACCACCAUAGUCUCCCACUGAUCGCCCUGAGAUAAACAUGUACUCCUUGCUUGCUUUGUGUGUACACGUAUGGUUGUUUUACAGUAUAGAAACCUGCUGCUACUGCGUGGUGGAAUAUCAAAGCCUGUGGGUCACUAAUUUACGCAGCUCUGAACGCGACGCCAUCGCCACAGUCCUUCCACCUUUCUGUGCACGGUGUCACGACUGGAAUUGAGUGCUGCGGUCAAAGACGCUCACUUCAGGGGUUUGAAGAGCCACUACGAAGCGGGACUAGAUACAAUAUCCUGUUAAAGCCACUAUUGACACGUACAGGAAACCCAAGAGGACGUCUGAGCAAUAACAUCACGUUAACCUUUUUGUUCACAAUUCAGCAUCUUGUAAAAAACCUUAUGAGCUUGAAAUUUGUUAGUCAUGUAAUAUCAUUCCAUGUUUCUGGAUCCUGUACAUUUCCAGGUUUGCCCGUGAACCAGAGAUGUCUUUAAGGUCGGUGGACUUUGUGAGAGCCGAUGUAUUUUCACCCAUGUUACGGAACCCAUUGUAUCAUUAAAGUGCUGUAAACUGA